GGGAUAGAAAUAUCAGCCGUUAGGGAGGUAAAAGUUUUGCGGGAAUUAAGGCAUCCUAAUAUCAUUGAGAUUAGUAUUCAUUUUCGAAUUUUGAUUCGUUUUAAUUUACAUAAAAUUAAGGAUAUGAAACCUAACAAUUUACUUGUUGGUAGAGAUGGACAAUUAAAAAUUGCAGACUUUGGUUUGGCGCGAGAUUUUGCAGAACCACGCGUCAGAAACAUAUGGUAUCGAGCACCAGAAUUAUUUUUUACGCCAGCACAAUAUGGUUAUGCAGUUGAUAUUUGGUCAGUAGGAUGUAUAUUUGCGGAAUUAAUGUUACGAACGCCAUAUCUUCCGGGGGAUACAGAUCUUGGGCAACUUGAAUUGAUAUUUCAAGCGUUAGGAACGCCCACAGAAGAAGAUUGGCCG